AUAGGACACUCCAUCCACACGGCGACCGAUUCCCAAGGCAAAGAACUUUUUUCGACGACCCCACGCUCCCGCCACUCUCUCUCUCUCUCUCUCUCUCUCAAUUUAUGGCCACCGCCACACGCCUGCGUCGGCUCGGAGCUGCCGCCUGCGUCGCCACCGCGGCGAGCGGCGCCUUUCUCCUCCAGCCUUCCUUCUCCGCCAGCGACCGCGGCAAUGGACCCUCCUCCCUCGGCGCCGUUCGCCAGAGGAUCAGCGACCCGAACGCUGUCGUUCCGUCUAGAGCGGCUCAGGAGGCCGCUCUUAUUAGCGCGAGCGCUUCCAACCCACUCGACAUUCUCGUCAUCGGCGGUGGCGCUACCGGAAGUGGCGUCGCUCUUGACGCCGUCACCAGAGGCCUCCGCGUCGGCCUCGUCGAGCGCGAGGACUUCUCUUCUGGAACGUCGUCGCGGUCCACCAAGCUAAUUCAUGGAGGUGUUCGGUACUUGGAGAAAGCCGUGUUUAAUCUUGACUAUGGACAGCUGAAGUUGGUAUUCCAUGCGCUUGAGGAGCGUAAACAGGUUAUUGAGAAUGCACCACACCUCUGUCAUGCUUUGCCAUGCAUGACACCGUGUUUUGACUGGUUUGAGGUAGUGUACUACUGGAUGGGCUUGAAAAUGUACGAUUUGGUGGCAGGACUACGACUCUUACAUGUGUCCAGAUAUUAUUCGGCACAAGAAUCUGUUGAGCUGUUCCCCACCCUUGCCAGGAAGGGUAACAAUAAAAGCUUGAAGGGCACCGUGGUGUAUUAUGAUGGGCAGAUGAAUGACGCACGUCUUAAUGUUGGAUUGGUGUGCACUGCUGCCGUAGCUGGUGCAGCAGUGCUUAACCAUGCAGAAGUGGUUGCUUUGUUGAAGGAUGAGGCUAGCAAUCGGACAAUUGGUGCAAGAAUCCGAGACAACUUAUCAGGGAAAGAGUUUGAUACAUACGCAAAAGUCGUCGUGAAUGCUGCUGGUCCAUUUUGUGACUCUUUAAGGAAGAUGGCAGAUCAAGAUGCAAAACCAAUGAUAUGCCCAAGCAGCGGUGUACAUAUCGUACUUCCUGACUAUUACUCUCCUGAGGGUAUGGGUUUGAUUGUUCCUAAAACUAAGGAUGGACGUGUUGUUUUCAUGCUUCCAUGGUUGGGACGAACAAUUGCUGGCACCACAGAUUCCAACACUUCUAUUACUCUUCUUCCUGAACCACAUGAGGAUGAGAUUCAGUUCAUAUUGGAUGCCAUUUGUGAUUACCUUAAUGUCAAGGUACGCCGCACGGACGUUCUCUCCGCGUGGAGUGGUAUUCGGCCAUUGGCAACGGAUCCAUCUGCGAAAAGCACUGAGAGCAUCUCCAGAGAUCAUGUUGUAUGUGAAGAUUAUCCUGGUUUGGUAACAAUCACGGGCGGCAAGUGGACUACUUACCGUGGCAUGGCAGAAGAUGCGGUUAAUGCAGCAAUAAAGUCUGGAAAUCUGACCCCAGAAAAUGGAUGUUUGACCUCCAAGCUGCAGAUUGUCGGUGGAGACGGAUGGGACCCUGCAUCUUUUACAGUUAUAGCUCAACAAUAUGUGCGCAUGAAGAACAGCCAUGGUAAAGUUGUUCCUGCGGUGAUGGACACUGCUGCAGCAAAGCAUCUGUCCCAUGCAUAUGGUACUUUUGCUGAACGAGUUGCUGCCAUUGCUCAGAACGAAAAUCUGGGGAAGAGGCUUGCCCAUGGAUACCCCUUUCUAGAGGCUGAGGUUGCCUACUGUGCUCGAAAUGAGUACUGUGAAUCUGCCAUUGAUUUCAUUGCUAGGAGAUCUCGGCUUGCUUUCCUCGACACUGAUGCGGCAAGCAAGGCAUUGCCACGUGUGAUUGAAAUUUUAGCAACUGAACACAAGUGGGACAAUUCUAGGCAGAAGUACGAGUUAGAGAAAGCCAAGGAAUUUUUGGAAACUUUCAAAUCUUCAAAAAAUGCUCAGUUCCAUGAUGGGAAACACGUUUAGUGCUUGUCUCCGCUGUAGGUUUAUGCAUUCAAUUUUCACUAGUAUAUUGAAUGGCGGCAAGUUUUCCGGCCUUAAUUCUGGUGCGAAGGAGUAUGCCUGCCACACACAGCAUAAGGGUAUAGUUACACAUCAAUGAAAAUUAACUGUUUCCCUUUUGGGAUUUCUAUUAGUCAUCUGUCACAAUAAUCUGUCACGAGAUUCUCAGCACGCUCUGUGCAGUGUUGCUCGUAAAUUUUUUCAGUUGAUUCUGAUCGCUGUAUUUUCGGGUUUCCAAAAUUAAAAUUGUAAUGUUAGAAAAAGAAAUUACAUUACAAUAAAUUAAUUAUCUGUCUUUGCA